UCUGGACAAAUUAGAGAGGGUAGAAAACUCAAUGCAUGCAGAUUAAUUAAAACAGACUGAACUGGCAACCGAGAGAGAGUUUAUAUAGAUUUUUGUAUGCAGAACGGAGGAACAGAUUAGAUUAUUCUUUUAAACGGAUGCUUUUAUUUCUCUCUAUAUAGCAUUGAACAUGAACAUUAUUUGAGCAGAAAACAGAAUCUCAUCACAAGAAUAAAAGUGCAUCAGAAGAAUGGCUCUGACUGAAGCUGAGUUUGAGAGCAGCAGCAUCAUGAAGGAAUGGAGCGGCCAGGUUCAGCUGGCUUUGAUAGCAUCCUUCAUCAUCCUCUUCUUCCUUGAGGCCUGUCUUUGGGUCAGAAAUCUCACGUUCAAGAAAAGGCUUCCAGGCCCGUUCGCCUGGCCCUUGGUGGGCAACGCCAUGCAGCUGGGACAAAUGCCACACAUCACCUUCUCCAAGCUGGCAAAGAAGUACGGAAACGUCUACCAGAUCAGACUCGGGCGAAGCGACAUUGUGGUUCUGAACGGAGUUGCAGCCAUACGCAAGGCGCUCAUUGAACACAGCACCGAAUUUGCCGGGAGGCCAAACUUUCUGUCUUUUCAGAUGAUCUCCGGCGGUCGGAGCAUGGUGUUCAGCAGUUACAGCAAACAGUGGAAGGCACACCGGAAAGUAGCUCAGUCGACUCUGAGAGCAUUCUCGUUGGCAAACACUCAAACCAAAAAGACAUUCGAACAGCACGUUGUAGGCGAAGCCAUGGAUCUGGUCCAGAAGUUUCUAAGGCUCAGCACCGACGGACGACACUUCAAUCCUUCGCACGAUUUCACCGUCGCCGCCGCCAAUGUCAUCUGCGCGCUUUGCUUUGGGAAACGCUAUGGCCACGACGAUCCCGAGUUCAGGACCCUCCUGAGAAGAGUGGAUAAGUUUGGCGAAACAGUUGGUGCUGGAAGCCUGGUGGACGUCAUGCCUUGGCUGCAGUCGUUUCCGAAUCCGGUCCGAAGCGUUUAUCAAAACUUCAAGCUCAUUAAUGAGGAGUUCUUCGCUUAUGUGAAGGACAAAGUGGUGCAGCAUAGAGACACGUACGACCCUGAAGUCACCCGUGACAUGAGCGAUGCAAUCAUUGGUGUAAUUGAGCAUGGGAAAGAGAGCAUGCUGACUAAAGACUUUGUUGAGUCUACGGUCACUGAUUUAAUCGGUGCAGGACAAGACACGGUGUCAACAGCUCAUUCAAUGGAAGUCUUAAGCCUCAGGCUGGAUGAACUUUCUGCUUCUUCAUUAUGUCAUUUUGAAGGUUCAUCACAUGCACAAAUCCUCAAAAUAAUGUAUAAGACUAGCAGAAUAAAUCAGAGCUACUAUCUCAAGAUGUACUCCUAUAUCAUAUUGCAUAUAUUAUGGUAAAUGUUUACACUGAAUGUUUUGCAAGCUCAGUUUUUUUUUCUUUUGAUAUUCAGGUAUUAUUUUAAAUGUUUUGUUUUUACUAUUGGAAAAUAAGCUACAAGUGGACUAAAUAAAGUGCUGUUUUACAGAUGCACUCACUCUCUUUCUUAACACGAUUCACAUUUUAUAAGAAAUUACAUGCAUACAAUCACACAUCAAUCCAAGCCAGGCAUUUAAAUGACCGUUUUAUUAUCUGAAUGGUCUGCAUCUGUCUUUACUUAUGCAUAUGGUCUCUAUAUAUCCUUAUUGUUAGUUUUAUGGCCAAUAUUUCGGUUUGCAUUCAGUUUCUGAUAUAUUUCUGU